UCUUGGCCACUUGGCUGCACUCAUCGCCAGUCUCACAGAAGCGCUCAAAGCGUUCGGUCAGCUCAGCCAAGCGGAGGAGUUCCAACCAGUCCAUUCAAAAAAGAGAAAAAUACGCAAAAUAAGAAAGAAAACACAGCGAAGAAAAGGCGACUUGGAGUGACUUUCGUGCUGGAGAAAGGCCUAGACCCACGGCACAUAAGCACUUCUGAUUAUUUUGAUUUUUGCAAGCCAGGCUGAGCUAUUUCAAGCCAAAACGGCCACAUUUCACCGAUCAUUAUGCGCUGACAUUGAUUCUUGGAGCCAACGUGCAUUGUCAUCGGUGGUUCAGGGCUAUCGGGAUUGCCAGUUGGUGGACCCAAAAAACCAGUUGAAGGGCAACGAGACCAGCUGAACGCGGAGAGAAACUCGGCGCUAAUGCGUCCACGUGCAUAAGUCACUCAAACUCAUUGAGUCUUUUCCUCCUACUGUUUGGCCAACGAAACUGGGUCGAGAACGAGACUUGGCCACAUGCUGCUCAAACUGUGGGUGCGCGGAAGUGUUAAGUUGGUUAGAUAAAUGACAUUGCAUCACAUAAACAGCCACAUAAAGUCACCAUAAAUGCGCUAACUAACCACAAUAAACGAAAAAUGUGUAAGAAACCCAUGGGUAAAAUUGGCAAACGUUCGAGCUGUGUGAAAAUAAUAACAACGCGGUCCAGUCGAUAACACAAAAGCCACGCUUUGUUCGCGAAUCGUGGGUAAAAACCAAAAAUCAAACAACACAGCCAGCCAAUAAAUAAACACUAAGCAAGCCCGGCUGCAACAAAAAUAAAUAAGAAAAUAAGCUAAAGUUAUAUAUACGAGUAUAUACACGAAAAUCAUAGUGGGCAACACUCGCAAAAUGUCCAAGCAGUUGAAAACAAAUUCACUUUCGUUGCUGCAUUGCAUUUCGUUGCUAUUUUGUGUGGCAGCGCUGCAGGCGCAGCAAAUAAUGCAGCAGCAGCAACUGCCAGUUGGUGUUGCAGCGACGACAGCAGCAACAUCGCCUGCCAGCAGCAGCAUGAGACUCUCGAACGCAACUUCAGAUGGUGUCGCCGCCACUUUCAUCGACAGCACCAGCAGCAGUGCCAGCAGAAAUAACCACAUGGUCCAAAACAAUGAAAAUCCCGCCUCCUUUGACCAGCAGACACUGCAGCAGCAGCAGCAGCAGCAGCAGCAGCAGCAGAAACCACCAGCUACUGUGCAAUAUGCACAUAUAUCGCCAUUAGAUAAAGAAGUAGUCGAGCGCCUGAUCAAACAGUGGGCACCGAUCGUCUGGCUGGCGCCGGAGGAGAAAUUCAUGCCGCUUGGCGUGGAGGAGUUUCUGCAGUAUGUUCAUCCGAUGGACAAGGAUAGCAGCUUCCGCCCAGGAGUUCCGUUCAGGGAAUAUUCAACGAAAUCCCACCUGGUCACGAACAAUGAAAUCCAGGAGCUUCUGGGCAACGAUCAAUCCUUUCUGUACGGACGGAAUCCCAAUGAGAAAGCGGUGCCCAUCUAUGGAGUGGUCAACUUGUGUCCAUCGACGAGGGCACCGGUAGUGCCGGUGGUGACCACCCCGCCACCCACUACCACACGUGGUGUUUACAUUCCCGUGUCCAUUGAUCCGCUGGAGGAACGCAACGACACUGUUCGGAGAUCGUCCAGACUGUUUCCUCUCUUCCAGCGAGUUAAACGAGAGGCACCAACCGCUCCCAAGUACAAUCCCCUCAACGAGUACGAGGAACUUGUAAUGGAAGCCACCCAGAAGCCCAACGUACAGCAGGAUUCCGAGCUAGAGCCGGAGAACGGAGUACCAGUGAACAAUUUCAUUGCCAACUUGGCGGACAAUGUCAAGUUCAGCGGUGGCACAGAUCCCGAUGACAAUCUGGAGGAGAACAGUAUUGGCCAGGCCCCCGAAAAGGAGGCGAAUACUGGAAAGGGCAAGCUGCCGGGCUUCCAUGUAACAUACUGGAUGUUUUAUCCGUACAGCCAGGGUAAGACCAUGUGCACGGUGAGCUUGGGUCCUCUUGGAAGGAUUCCCUUCCCUGCUGUGUAUGGAUAUUGUCUGGGCAAUCGUAAGGAUAUCGGCAGCCAUGUGGGCGAUUGGGAGCACAUGAGCCUCUAUUUUAACGGCGAUGCCGAGCCACAGGCCAUGUAUGUGUCCGCCCACGAUGCGGGUGCCUAUUACAGCUAUAGCCGGUUGACGGGAUCCUUUGAGUUCCGGCGCCAGGAGACGCGCAAGGGUAUCCUGCAGCGCCCAAACUUUCCCAAGACGGUGACAACCUUCAAGAACCAUCCAGUUCUAUUUGCCGCCAAGGGUUCACAUGGUCUAUGGACCGCGCCAGGAAAGCAUCGCUUUGUGAAAGUGGCGCGCCUGUAUGAUAUUAAUGGAUUUGGAACGCCGUGGAACACUUGGAAGGCCGUGGAUAUAAGCUACGAGAACCUAAGAUCCUAUGGUCGGUCGCUGGUGCCCGAUUGGCUCACAUAUCGCGGCAAAUGGGGUAAUCCCAAGAGCAAUUGUCACCCCUUCCGGCGGAUCGGUUUGAAUUUCUGUGAGUUUACGGAUGGACCCACGGGAAUUCCACUCAAGGAACCCCACUUUCAAUGCGGUGCUGAUUAUCGCUAGCGACGCAGUCGGUAAAUAGGUCUCUUGCCUAGGCUAAUGUAAUGUAUACAAAAGUAUUUAUUGUGAAAACCACCCAAAAAGAUCCCAUAAAGAUUAAAAAUGAAUAGAAA